GUCGCAUGAUCAUUAGUUUUGGGUUGCCGCAAUUUUUUUAGUACAAGAGAAAACUGUUGGAAACAAAAUUGUUGGAGGUCCUCUGAAAAAAAGUGAAAGGUGGAGGAGGCGCGAGAGAGAGUCCGGAAAAUGCGAUAAGUGUUUACGUGAGCCCUUCCGUAAAUUAAUAACACUAAUACUUUCAUUUUUAAUAGAGUCGAGGACCACAUCUUCAAUUUAUAAUCACAUUACUGUGUGACUCCAUUCAAGUUCAAUUAGACAUUAAUAGACUGUAUACACUAUGUCCUUUAUAACAUCUUUAAUUCCUGUAUUAACUGAAGAUCCAUUCUUAAAAUAUCGGCCAUUCCCUGCCGAACCAGCCAAUUAUUUCGAAGCUCAUUGGCAUGAAGCAAUUGUUUCAUUUUUAUUCUAUACAAUUGCUCAACAAGUCUCCAAACCUAUAUCCGCUCAUUACUUUGGUAAGACUUAUACUUCAUUAAAAUAUAAAACCAAAGUAAAUUUUGAUAUUCAUGUUGUAUCUAUGGUUCAAUGUUUUAUUUCAAUUUCUUUAUUAUUACCUAUGUGGAAUCAUUCUCAUUGGCAAAAUAGAGUUAAUGAUCCAUUAAAUUCUGUGGUUGGUUAUACUCCUUAUGGUGGAUUAGUUGCAUCUUUAACAUUAGGAUAUUUCCUUUGGGAUUUAAUGGUUUGUUUAGUACAUUUUGAUAUCUUUGGAAUUGGAUUUCUUUUCCAUGGAUUUGCUGCAGCAUUUGUUUUUGGAGGUUCUUUACGUCCAUUCUGUAAUCCAUGGAUUCCUGCUUUUCUUUUAUUUGAAUUAUCUACUCCAUUUGUCAAUAUUAAUUGGUUUGCUUCAAGAUUACCAGCAGGAACUUUUAAUGAAACAUUUAUCCUUUUUAAUGGUCUUGCCCUUAUAAUAACAUUUUUUUCUGUUAGAAUUUUAUGGGGUUUAUAUGCUGUGUCAUUAUUAGCUAAUGAUAUGUUCCAAGUAUGGAAUCAAAUUCCUUCAUUUUUAGCAGUAACAGUUCUCGCACUUAAUGCAUCAUUAGACUUUUUAAAUAUCUUUUGGUUCCAAAAGAUGAUAGCUAUUGCUAGAAAGAAACUUGGAGGUAAAGAAUCUACUAAGGAAGCAGUUAAAGAAGUUGCAAAUAAAAUUGAUUAAGGGAUCAUUUUACCUUAUUUUAUUAAUACUACUAUAUAUUUACGAAUCAUAAAAGUCAUUAAAAAGUGUAUUGGUUGACUAAACAACUCAUUACAAUAAUCACAUAUAUUAAUUAACUACUUUUAUAUAUAUAGUCAAUAGUUACUCUAACAAUUUAUGAAAAUUAAUUAUUAGUAGUAGUAGUAGUAGUAGUAGUAGUAGUAGUAGUAGUA